CUUUAAACAAAAGAGAUUAAGUCUAGUCUGUAAACUAGAUUUAAGCCAAAUAAUGAUUUAUUGACACAAUUUAUAAUUAAUUGUUACCAUAAUUCUAAUGGCGAAUAAACCAAAAGUUGAAGGUUUAUUAAUAGAUAACACUUAUCGAUUGGACAGUUAUAUGAAUGGCGGAGCUUUUGGAUUAUUAUAUAAGGGAACUAAUAUAUAUACUAAAGAAUGGUUGGCCAUUAAAUUGGAGCACAAAGAUAUUGAAUCUCCUCAGUUGCCUCUAGAGUAUAGAUUCUAUAUGUUGUUGGGCUCACAAUUAGGUAUUCCUAACAUCUAUUAUUUUGGUCCCUGCAAUGUAUACCACGCGUUAGUUAUGGAGUUAUUGGAUCCGAGUCUCGACAAAAUGUUUGCAUUGUGUGACAACAAAUUUAGUGUCAAUACAACCGCAAGAAUUGCUACACAAAUUCUGAAGAUUAUUGAAUACAUUCACAACAAAAAUAUAAUUUUUCGAGAUAUCAAACCAGAAAAUUUCCUAUUGGGUCGCACCGGGACUCCCAAUGCUAAAGUUAUUUACAUAAUUGACUUUGGAUUAGCUAAAGAAUAUAUAGAUAUCAACACUAAACAGCACAUACCUAUGAAAACUGGUAAAUCAUUGAUAGGAACUCCGAGGUAUAUGAGUUGUUGGAGUCAUUUUGGACUCGAACAGAGCAGACGGGAUGACAUGGAGUCCAUUGGAUUUAUGCUCAUAUACUUCAUUAAAGGACGACUUCCCUGGCAGAGACUCAAAGGACAUUAUUUGCAUCGAUUGCAACAAAUCGCAAAUCUUAAGAAACAAAUUACUAUUGAAACGCUUUGCACUCAUAUUCCCAAAGUUUUUGUUCAAUACAUGAAACAUAUUAGACAACUAGCUUUCAUGGAUACACCUAAUUAUGAUAUGCUUCAUAAAUACUUUAAUCAAUUAAUUACUGAUAAUUAUGCAUAUGAUUGGGAUUAUAAAAAGCGUGAUAUAAGUCUACAAACAACAUCAUCAGGUAUUACAAUACAAACUGUCGGUCUUAUGUCAUCUAAUUUAAACAAAAAUUAA